UUCUACAAACAUCUUCGUCCGCUCCACAACAAGAGCAUCGAUCGAUCUCUUUGUCCCAGCUCAAGAAAGACUUGCUUGGCCAUGGCAGAAGGCGGCGAUCUGAAGGUGUUGGGCGUGUGGACGAGCCCGUACGUGAUCAGGGUGCGGGUGGCGCUCAACCUCAAGUCGCUGCCGUACGAGUACGUGGAGGAGAACCUGGGCAGCAAGAGCGCGCUGCUGCUGGCCUCCAACCCGGUCCACAAGACCGUGCCGGUCCUCCUUCACGGCGAGCGCCCCGUGAACGAGUCCCAGGUGAUCCUGCAGUACAUCGACGAGGUCUACGCCGGCACCGGCAUCCCGUCCUUGCUCCCAGCCGACCCCUACGACCGCGCGGUGGCCCGGUUCUGGGCAGCCUACGUCGACGACAAGGUCGGGGCGGCGUGGCAGGGGAUGCUGUUCACGUGCACGACGGAGGAGGAGCGGGCGGCGGCGGUGGCCCGCGCCGUGGCGGCGCUGGAAACGCUGGAGGGCGCGUUCGAGGAGUGCUCCAAGGGGAAGGCCUUCUUCGGCGGCGACGCCAUCGGGUUCGUGGACGUCGUUCUCGGCGGCUACCUCGGGUGGUUCGGGGCCGUCGACAAGAUGAUCGGGUGCCGGCUGAUCGACCCGGCGAGGACGCCGCUGCUGGCGAGGUGGGAGGAGCGGUUCCGUGCGGCGGAGGCGGCCCAGGGCGUGGUGCCGGAUGACGCCGACAAGAUGCUCGAGUUCCUGCCCACCCUGCUCGCCUGGAUCAACGCCCCCAAAUCCAAGUGAACUGUGACAUCGUC